GCGAUAAAAAGUUGAAAUCGUUCGACCUUUAAUGAAAGUAUAUUUAAAAUAUUAUAAUAACAGUUAUAUAACUGCAGCUUCUGCGAAAAACGAAAAAUAUAAUAAACAUUAAAAUAGACUAUAAUUGCCUCCUCAGCAUUGCAGCGCAUUUUCUCGUGUGUACUUCAGCUUUCUUUUUCAAAGCACGCUAGGACGGGUUUCCAGGUAGGAAACCCGCCAUAUAAUUGUCGUCAAAAUUUUUACAGACGGAAAUAAGCUUGGUCCUGCUGCCGCGGGAAGAGGCAUGUUCUGCUAUCAGUGUCCGCCAUCGCUGCAUCCAUGUGGACCGCAUCCAUCGCGCUUGCCAACACUGGAGUAUCCGUUCGCAGCAACGCAUCCAUAUGCAAGUUACUCGUAUCAUCCUUCCAUACAUGAUGAGACAUUCGUGCGACGUAAGCAACGUCGUAAUCGCACCACAUUCACAUUGCAACAGUUGGAAGAGUUGGAGACUGCCUUUGCGCAGACCCACUAUCCGGAUGUGUUCACACGUGAGGACUUGGCGAUGAAAAUAAAUCUGACGGAAGCGCGCGUUCAGGUUUGGUUUCAGAAUCGACGCGCAAAAUGGCGUAAAGCCGAACGCCUUAAGGAUGAGCAACGCAAGCGCGAGAAUGGCGAGAGCAGCGGUUCGCUGGACAAGUUGCACGACAGUCGCGAGUCUUCGCCUGACAUUACUGGCGAAAUCGACGAUGACGAACCAUCGUUGCGUCGCUCGCACAGUCCUGGUCCGCCAUCGGCCAGUCCGCAUGCCAUUGACUCGGAUAAUGAACGUCCGCUCUCGUCGACACAGCUUACCACACAAUCGGCUUCGCAAUCGGUUGGUUCGAUUAGCGCUGGUUCGCCUUCGCCCAGUGCGCGCGCCACACCUCAACAUUGUCCCAAUAGUCCGACUUCGAAUUCCCGUCAUACAGAUUCGCCCAUCGAAGUUGGCGGUCCGAUUUCGUUGACCUCGCGCACAUCGUCCGGCACUACGCCCACUUCGGCGCUACACAGCACGCCCACUACUUUUGGUAGUCACAUUUUCGGAAAUUUCGGUGGUGAUAGCAAUUGCGGCUUUCGUCCGGUGCUCAAUGACAACUCCGGCAGCGUGGUCGCUUCUGGUGCUGGCGCACAACGCAGCACCACCACGGCGCAUCCACCACUCUUUCUGCCGCCGCAUUUGGCUUCGCUGAGCUCACAGUUUACACAUCAACCACUCUUUCCCGGACUAAAAGGCGUCUCCCCGUUUCCGGGCCUCUGCUCGUGCUGCUCGCUGAAACCACCGCCGCCACCGCCUAGCGCCUCGUCGGUAGCUGCUGCCGCUGCUGCAGCCGCCGCAGCUGCUGCUGCCACCUCCAGCUCCGCGUCCGGUGUGCCCAUUUCUUCUGCUGCGCCCUCCGCCAGCAGCUCACCCGACUCGCCGCCCCAUGUCACCUCGGUCCUUAGCCAUUCGGCGCAUAACAAUCACGAUGCACGUUCCAGCUCUGUUGCGGAGUUGCGUCGCAAGGCGCAAGAACACUCUGCCGCGCUGCUGCAAUCACUACACGCCGCCGCCGCAGCUGGCCUGGCAUUUCCGGGGCUACAUUUGCCACCGCUCUCGUUUCAUCAUCAUUCCGCCGCUGCGUUGAGUAACGCGCACGCUGCCGCAGCCGCCGCUGUCGCAAAUAAUAACAACAAUCACAAUAAUAACAAUAACAAUAAUAAUGGCGUGCGGCUGAAAAGCGAGUCGGCUCAGGAUAUGACGGCGAGCACCAUGAAUGGCCUAUCGGCUGCAGCAGCAGCAGCGGCGGCGGCUGCCAACAAUCAUCACAGCAUUGCCAGUUUGACGCUGCUCGAUGCGCAGAACGCAGCGUAUCAUCAUCACCAGCAGCAGCAGCAACAACAGCAAUUGUCGCAGGCGGCGGCACUGCAUCUGCAACAACAACAGCAGCAGCAACAACUGUCGCCGCCGAUUACGCCGACACAUACGCCCACACUUCAUCGCCAGGACACACCGCCCAAGUGCACAACUAACGGCGCCGGUGGCGGUGGCGUCGCCAUAACGAAAAGUGAAUAAUUAUAGUCAGCAGUUCCCAAAUGUACUCAAAACAGAAAAUAAGUGAAGUUUUAAUAUUAUAAUAAGUGAAAUGGUAAAAGCAAUAGAAAUACAUUGGUGGAAGCUGCCGCGCAAGGUUAGAUUUACUUAUGUACAUAUAUACAUAUAUAUCUAAUUACAAUAACACUGGUAGUUAGUGGUAGUUCAUAAUGAAAGUAGUUUAGUGUUACUUAAUUACUUACAAGUAGUCUUAAAAUCGUAUUUAAAAUUUAAGUACAUACAUAAUAUAUGUUCAGUUAUAAGCUUGCCGCACAAAGUUUUAGUGCUUCUUCGAUUUUCGAAUUCUAAGCAGAAAUUCAAACUGUUUUCUCUCCCGAUCACUGCUAUUUACAUAGUACCAAAUAAUUCAUUAUCUUCUUCUUAAAAAUAUAUUAUAAUGCGUGCUCAAAUAUCAUUAUAAGUAGCAUUUCUAAGCUACAACUGUUGAAGCAAAACUUUAGCCAUUUCGAAGUUAUACCGAAUCGCAUAUUUCGAAAGUAAAAAAAAGUCGAAGUUGAAACAGUGACGCCACAAAUAACAUUUAUUUCCUUAAAUUAUUUAAUUUAAUAUUUUUUAUAUUUACUUUAUUUAUACUUAUAUUUUCUUUUUCAACCUGCUAAUACGUAUAUGAUAAAUAACUUAAAACUAUAAUCUGAUAUUUUCGCUCCUAAGUGUAUGUAAUACGCACUUGCCUCGAAUGAUUCUUUUUUCUCUUUUCUC